UGUCAAGUGAGCAUCAACAUUAAUUGUUUAUACAUGUCGUGAGAAGUCUCUAGGCUUGGACCGACUGCACUUAUAUCUUCUGAUCCACAGAGAGACAAAGACAGAUACAAAGGACAAAAAUGGCGGUAGCUGUCGUUGGCAUUGCUGAAAAGAUCGUUGCUUAUCUGGUUCCUCAAGCAAUAGAAACGGUUGGAAAGUUAUGGGGCAUCAAGCAUGAACUCAAGGUGCUCGGGGACACGAUCUCCACGAUUCAGGCCGUACUGGAUGAUGCAGAGAAGCAAUACUACCAGAGUCGCCAAAUCCAAGGUUGGCUUGAGAAACUAAAAGAUGCUUUCUAUGAUGCGCAAGACGUACUUGAAGAAGUCAAUAUAGAAGCUUUGCGACGAGAACUGAGAGGCCACAGUGAAAUAAGCAAGGAGGUAAGGACAUUUUUCUCAAGUUCAAACCAGCUUGCUUUUAAACUGAAGAUGAGUUACAAAGUAAGAGCAGUGAGGGAGAAAAUAGAAGCCAUUGAGGCUGAUAGGAAAUUCCACUUGGAUGAGCGCUCCGUGGAUUCACGAGUAGAGAGACAGUGGAGGAAAAGAGAAGAGACGCAUUCGUUUAUAAGUGAGGGAGAUAUAAAAGGCAGAGAUGAUGACAAAACGACUGUCAUAAAUUUUUUAUUGGAUUCAAACGUGAAAGAGAACGUCUCUAUCCUUCCAAUAGUUGGUAUUGGUGGGCUUGGAAAAACGGCACUUGCUCAAUUUAUAUAUAAUGAUGAGAUGGUAAGUAAACACUUUUACUUGAAAAUGUGGGUUUGUGUCUCCAAUGACUUUGACGUGAAAAAAAUAGUCACAAAUAUCAUAGCUUGUGCAAAGAAGAAAGCACACAAUGAGGAUCCAAUGGAACAGUUGCAAAGUGAACUGAGGGCAGAAAUUGAUGGAAAGAGAUAUCUCUUAGUUUUAGAUGACUUGUGGAAUGAAGAACCAGAAAAAUGGUUGGGCUUGAAAAAAUUACUGGUAGGAGGUGCUAGAGGAAGCAAGAUCCUUAUAACUACACGCCUUCCUUCGGUUGCGAAGAUCGUUGGCACUGCUCCGCCUCUUCUUCUUGGGGGCUUAUCUGACAGCGUAUCUCUUAAUUUAUUAAUGCAAAUGGCUCAUCGAAAAGAAGAGGAGAUACAAGAUCCUGAAAUGGUAGCUAUCGCCAAAGAGAUAGUUAGAAAGUGCUUCGGGGUUCCAUUGGUUGUUCGAACUGUUGGGAGUUUACUAUUCUUUAAGAAAACUAAACUCGAAUGGUUAACUUUCAAAGAUUAUGAGCUCCUAGAUGUGUCUCAAAGGGAAGACAACAUAAUAUCUGUUUUGAGGCUAAGUUAUGACUAUCUUCCUUCACAUUUGAAACAAUGUUUCGCGUUCUGUUCAUUGUUUCCCAAAGAUUAUGAGAUAAAGAAGCAGACUUUAGUCAAUCUUUGGGUGGCUGAAGGAUUUAUCCGGUCAUCAAAUAGAAGUCAACAUUUAGAAGACAUUGCUCAUGGAUAUUUCAUGGAUCUACUUUGGAGCAACUUCUUCCAAGAUUUUCAAGAAGAUGAGGAGACUUGCAAGAUGCAUGAUUUGAUGCAUGAUCUAGCAUGCUUGGUUGCUGGGACCGAGUGUCGGGUGGCAUGGGAUCGCACAAAAUCCAUACAUGAGAGAACUCAUCAUGUAUCAUAUGGUUCAACUUUCAAUUUGAGGGGCGAAUUUCUAAUCUCAUGCUCAAAAGCAAGUGCGCUGAGAACAUUUCUGUGUGCUGCUAGUGAUAGAGAAAUGGAACCAACGAGCGAAGCAGAUCUACGCCAACUCAUUCAAAGUUUCAAGAGGUUGCGUGUCUUGGAUUUGCAAGAAACAAAUGUAGAAAAGGUGCCAAGGUUGAUUUAUAAGUUGAAGCAUCUCACGUAUCUCGACCUCUCUGGCAAUGUUAAUCUAAAAAGGCUUCCUAGAUCCAUUACGAGAUUGCAGAAUUUGCAAACACUUAAUCUCUCCGGUUGUAGUGCCCUUGAAGAAUUGCCAAGGGGUAUAGGGAAGUUAGUUAGCCUUCGAAAUCUAGACAUAGAUUAUUGUUCGAAUCUUGGUUAUUUGCCACAUGGACUAGGUCAGUUGAGUUCUCUGCAUAGGCUAACGCGCUUCAUUUUGCCCAAAGAUAAAGCUCUUGGUAAGGAUUGUUGCGGACUUUGGGAGCUAAAUGGGCUUAAUGACAUCCGGGGAAGCCUUUGCAUUGAGAAUUUGGGAAGUGUGACAGAUGCAGUAGCAGAAUCCAAGGCUGCAAACUUGAUAGGAAAGCAUUCUCUGGAAUCUUUGGAACUUAUAUGGAGCGAUUUCAAUACUGAAGAUGCAGUAAUCGGGGAUAGAGAUGAAGCUCUAUUAGAUGGACUGAUGCCGCACUCAAACCUGCAGAACUUGAAGAUAAAUGGAUAUAAAGGUAAGAGCUUUUCGAGGUGGAUGAUGGAUAGCCUUGUGUUUUCCUUGCCAAAUUUAGUCGAGUUAAGCUUCAACGAUUGCGGAAGAUGUAAACUUCUCCCUCCACUAGGCCAACUACCUGGCCUCAAGAUUUUAGAGAUUUCGAAACUGACUGAAUUGGAAUACAUCGUAUCGGAUCAUUCUUCCACUUCAACAAUAUCAUUUCCUAGUCUAUUGAAAUUAGAUAUCGAUAGUUGUGAAAAAUUGAAAGCUGUCCUACCAACUCCGCAUCUUGAGGAGUUAACGCUGACUAGGGCCCACCCAGCAUUAAUAAAUAUGAUAGUUGGCCUUAAUAAGUUGAAGCAUCUGAAAAUAUGUUAUAUGAAGCCUCUAGAAUGUGUGCCCAAGGAGUGCUGGAAAAGUCUCACCUCCCUCGAAUCUCUUCACAUAUGGCAUUGUCCUGGAUUAACUUCCCUCUCAAAAGCACCACCACCACUGGGUACGCGACAUCAAUCCAACCUAGUGCAUCUCGAUUCUUUAGAUUCUGAGGAGCUGGAUUUUUCCAAAUACGACGAAAGCAGCGGCGGCAACAACAACCACAACCUCAUCUUGGAACUUCACAGUCUCCGCUCCGUGACUCUCUUUGGACUUCCAAAACUAGCAUCUCUCCCACGGUGGCUUCUCCAGGCCAGCAAUCUCGAGGAUCUCUCCAUUCGGGAUUGUAAGGAGCUGGAUUUAUGCAAAGACGAAAGCGGCAACAACAACCUCAUCUUGGAUUUCCAUGGAGGACUCCAUCACAGUCUUCGGUCCCUGUGGAUCGACGGCCUUCCCAAACUAGCAUCUCUCCCACAGUGGCUUCUCCAGCUCAGCAAUCUCGAGCGUCUCACAAUUUGGGGUUGCUCCAAUUUAAAGGCAUUACCAGAGCAGAUCGUGGCCCUUCAAUCACUUCAGCAGCUUGACAUCUACUAUUGCCCCUUGUUGACGUCAUUACCUGAAGGAAUGCAAAGGCUUGCAUCCCUUACUCACCUAACGAUCCUCGGUUGCCCAGAAUUGGAGAGGAGGUGCAAGAGAGAUGGAGGUGAGGACUGAUUCGAUUUGGGGACAUGAAUUAACCCUAGAGGAAUACCGGCACGAUUUUGCAAACACCCGUUUGCUUUCGCUGCUUCUGGACAGAGAGAGAGAAGGUCGAUGACGGGUUGCAUUCUGAUGUUCAGAGAAUCUUGUCAUAGCCGUUGCUUGAGCUCUCUCUCGCGAGGCCUAAUUCGGAUUAUUAAGGCAUCGCAUUGAACGAGUACAACACAUUCGUUCUCGCUAGGAGCGCAAGGGUUUGCGACAUUGAUUUGGUAAUGGAGAGAGGACAAUUGCCACCGAGUUCAGCAUCAUCGUUAAUGCUUUUUGCGGUUUUUUUUUAUUAUAUUUUUUGAAUUAUUGGUGCCUCUUGAGAAUUUCUCACUUUGUUCCGGCUCCUGAUCAAAGUUGACUACUUCAGUUCGACGUCAUACGAAUUUGUUUUUGUAUCUUUUGAUUGGGUUCAUUGCUUGAUCUGGUGGUGAAGAUGAGCCGAGUUUGCUGACUUGGCUUCUCGAACUGGACUUGCAGCUCGAAAACUAUUAUGAUGUGCGGUCAGUGACUGCUAUCUCAAAAGCAUUUUGGUUUGGAUCAUCAUGCUCUGUAUUUCAUGAGUGGUAUAGUUUGUCAUCUACACGGAAGAGAUGUCGCACCGCAUUUCACUGCUCUUGCUGUUGUACUACUAAGUUGUUUUAACCAUUCCAUCUUCUUGAUUUCUACCGCUUUCGUUUUCUAGAAAUCAUGCUUGCAAAAUAAGUAAGAUUUUAUAAAUCUACUCUCAGUUUAUCCCUCUAUUUUUGGGCUAGAAUCAAUUUCAAGUGGUCUAAGACUACGCCACUCGAUCUCUAAGCUUAUACCUCCAUCGAAACCUGUGUGUGUAAAAUUGUUCAUGGCAAUUGUAUUUGAGCCUCGCUGUUUAUGCUUCAAAAUGUAAGUUUUUCCCACUUGAAACAAGUCUUCAAAAAGUGGUUUCAUGAGAUUAAGCUUAGGGCGGAAGGUGCUGUCUUUGAAGUACCCAGUCCAUUCUUUUUUAUCAUUUCAAAAGUAAACUAUCAUGCAUACCAGAAGGCCAAGUCAUACAAAUAAUGCUCGAUGUUUGAACUAUCUUCCAUGAGAUUAAGCUCCCAGGUUUUUUGUUUUAGUAGAUAUGUCUAUUUACUCACACUGCUUUAUUUUUCAGACUAGGCAGAAAUGGCGCAGAUUUUGGCACCGACGACACAAUGCCAUAUGAGGAUGACAGAAUUCACAGACUACCAUAGCAAACGCAUGGAUUUUUCUCUUGCUGAAGUAAAAGAAGAGUGUAAACAGCAAGAGCUUUUCUAAGUUCAGGGUGUAUGCUUUGAAGUCCGAGAACAAUUCUAUUACAGGCUUGAGAGUC